UUGGAAAGUAAUAGCAUACCAGGUGGCCAUAUUCUUUGUCUUCGAAGACACUUUUCAUUAUUGGUUCCAUCGCCUAUUGCAUUAUGGUCCCUUUUAUAAAUAUAUUCAUAAACAACACCAUGAAUAUUCAGCACCCUUUGGCUUGGCUGCCGAGUAUGCUCAUCCGAUAGAAGUUCUUAUUCUUGGUACGGGAACUAUUGGCGGACCACUUUUAUGGGUGGCCAUUACCAAUGAUCUUCAUCUGAUUACAGUUUUUCUAUGGAUCAUUUUACGUUUAUUCCAAGCCAUCGAUGCACACUCCGGUUAUGAUUUCCCUUGGUCCCUUCGCCACUUUAUUCCUUUCUGGUCUGGAGCUGAACACCAUGAUUAUCAUCACAUGGCAUUCGUCAAUUGCUUUUCAACAUCGUUCAGAUGGUGGGAUC